AUGUCGCACGGCUGGAAACUCACACAAUCUCUGCGAGAGGAAAUAUACAAAUACGCCAAGUUUCCUCCAACGGGAGUCUCUUUAAGGCAGAUGGUCCAGUUCGGGCCAAAGCCCUCGGCUGGAACAUUAUUCCACGCUUCUCAAUUUGUGGUUGAGGAGUUACCCAUACGAUUGGCUCAUCGUGUGAAAGAGCUUGAGGAGUUACCGAAUGACCUGAAUAAGGUGGAGUCCAUCCAGCUGGUGAGGGAUUGGUACGCUCAAUCAUUCGAGGAGCUGACUUCACUGCCUAAACCGACAAUAGACGAGAGUUUGCGGAAACUGUUGUAUGGAAACGGAAACAACAACCUAUACCACCCUUCUACCAACUCGAACCCGCCAGCCGAAGAUGAAUCGGCCACUUCAACACCGCUACUCUUUGAUGAUGAUGGACUUAUAGUAAGGAAGUCAACAACCCACAAACAGAGUCAGUACAAACAACAGAACCAAUUCCUCACAACGGAGGAUUACAUAGCAACGACAAAGCAGAAAAGAUACUACAUCCCGUGCCCUAUCAAUGAGACUUAUCCUGCCGAAGUGUAUGAGUAUAACCGGGUGGUGACAGAUACUUUGAAGGUGAUCAAGAAAAGACACGAUGCCACGGUAACGACGGUCGCAAAGGGUGUUCAGGAAUGGAAGCACAACACGCACGUAUCGUUGGUGGACACUAAUGUGCAAUCAUUUUUGGACAGGUUCUAUCUUUCGAGAAUCGGAAUCAGAAUGUUGAUUGGCCAGCAAAUUGCUAUCAAUCAGGACCAUUCAACGUUCAAUGACGACUAUGUGGGGGUCAUAUGUUUGAACACAAAUGUCGCCGAAAUCGCACAGGACGCCAUUGAAAGUGCGCGUUUCACGUGCGAGGAACACUACGGUCUAAUGGAGGCACCACAGGUCCAGUUGUAUUGCCCCACAAACCUCAAUUUCAUGUAUGUUCCUGGCCAUUUGGUCCACAUGCUUUUCGAGACAUUGAAGAACUCUUUACGAGCGACGGUGGAACACCAUCUGAAGCAAAACCUUGACAAGGACAUCGAGGAUAUCCAAUUUCCACCUGUGAAGAUAAUUGUCGCCGAAGGAGAGGAGGACAUUACCAUCAAAAUCUCGGACGAGGGCGGUGGAAUUGCCCGAAGUGCCAUGCCUUUGAUAUGGACGUAUCUCUAUACCACAGUGGAGGCUUUGCCAGUGGAAGACCCAUGGGGCGGAAAAACUGACUUUAGGGCUCCUAUGGCCGGCUACGGAUACGGGUUACCAAUCAGUAGACUGUAUGCUCGUUAUUUUGGAGGCGACCUCAAGCUAAUAAGCAUGGAGGGCUAUGGGACAGAUGUUUAUUUACAUUUGAACCGGUUGAGCAGUUCAAGCGAGCCAUUACCGUGA